AACACCUGUCCACAACUUUACGCGCAAAAUUUUCUGGAUUAUAAAGCUGAGCUAAGUCAAAAAGCAUUCAACUUUAUUUUUACCGAUGGUUCGAAAACCAAAUUUUCAACCUCAUUUGCAGUAGUCUCUGAAAACCUUGAUGUUUUAAGAAAAGGUAUCCUGCCUAAUCAUUGCUCCAUCUACACCAGUGAAAUCUUUGCUAUCUAUCAAGCCGCCUUAAUUGCAUCGAAAACCCAGGGCAAUUUCUGCAUUUGUACUGACAGUCGGUCUGCCAUUGAUGCCCUCUGGAAAUUCAAAAAGGACAGCGUUCUAGUAACCCACACCAGGGAUUUGCUAAUUAAACACAAAAACGAAAUUAAAUUGAUGUGGAUUCCUGGCCAUUGUGGCAUCCAAGGCAAUGAACUAGCUGACUCUGUUGCGAAGAGUCUUCAUAAUGACCCAGUUAUCUGUUUUGACACUUUUGAAAAGGCCGAUUUGUCGAGGCAUGUACGGCAGUAUAUUAACAAUAAAUCCUUACUAAAGUGGAAAGAAUAUGUUCACCAUUAUGCAGAUAUUAAUCCAACAAAAAUUAGCCCUACUUUUCUUUCGGAUGCUAAACAGUCAAACAUUCUCGUUUUCACAAGACUUCGUUUGGGCCACACGCAGAUCACUCACGGACAUCUUCUUAGUCAUGGAGUAUCAUUAUGCAACGUGUGCGGGGCAAUGAGCACAUCUGUGAAGCAUAUCUUGGGCAUCUGCCCUCGAUUUUCUAUUCAAAGGCAACGGAUUUUUGGCUUGACUGUUCCAUCACAACUUCUUUCCGACACUGCAGCACUUAACAUAAGCAAGAUAUCUAGUUUUAUAGCCUCAUGCAACCUAUCUCAUUUAAUUUAGUUAACCUUAACUGUAUAAUAUUUGUAAUCCAUAAACGAAAUGUAAAUUAGUAUUCUUUUGUAAAACCAGCUGAUGGCCUCGAGCUAGUGCUGUUUUUUUUUUCUCUUGUUUUCUGCAUAUUUAUUGUGCAUGAAAUAAAUAAAUAUCUAUCUAUCUACAUUUAC